AAAGAAAACUGUUUAAACUUCGGCAAAUCUAAAAAUGACAUCGUGAUGGUUAGUUUUAAACAAACCUUGUCAGAGGUGUGACGUGUGGUAGGUUUUCGGCGCACUUUGAGAUACCGAGAUACGAUUUAGUUUCACUUUUCUUAGCUCGUAAAUCAGGAAAUAAACAGAAACUGCAGUGAGACGCGCUCAGAAAGGAGCUACAAUUCUGGCAGAGGUGAUGGAGAAGAUGAGUGACGAGAGCGCGCUUCACCACUCCACCACCCUCACUAACAAACAGCGCGGGAACGAGCUCACUGUCCGACCCGCAACUCUGGACAAUUUGUCCAUUCAUCAACUGGCUGCUCAUGGAGAAAUCUCAAAAGUGAAGACACACCUUGCCAGUGACAGUGCCUUACUAAAUAGUCAGGAUGAACGGGGAUUCACACCACUUAUGUGGGCAGCAGCAUUUGGAGAGAUUGAAAUGGUCCAGUUUUUACUAGAGAAGGGCGCUGAUCCAAAAACCUUCGCGCGGGAACGAGAGUGCGCAUUAUCCUUAGCCAGUGCUGGUGGAUACGCAGACAUUGUUGAUAUGCUUUUAAAACAUGACGUUGAUGUCGAUUCUUAUGACUGGAAUGGAGGAACUCCUCUUCUUUAUGCAGUUCGUGGCAAUCAUAUAAAAUGUGUACAAGCACUAUUAAGGCAUGGAGCUGAUAUUACUUUCGAAGCAGACUCAGGAUACAGUCCAGUGGCACUUGCCAUUGCUCUUGGAUACAAGAAAAUGCAAAAGCUGCUUGAGGAUCACAUACUACACCUGCUUCGAUGAUCACACAUGACUACACUUAAGAGACACAAUUUAUCAAUAAUUUUUGUUUACUUUUGUAAUAAAAAUGUCACUACAAUUUUAA